AGAAUAAACUGAGGGUUGAUGGGGGCUGGGAGGGAGAGGAAAGUGGCUGAUGGGCAUUGAGGAGGGCACCUGUUGGGAUGUGUGCUGGGUGUUGUAUGGAAACCAAUCUGACGAUAAAUUUCAUAUUUUAAAAACUGUGGGGAAUGAAAUAGUGGGACAGUUUAGGCUAUUGGUUUUGGUAUGAAGAAGAUCAUGAGGAAAGAAAGUAACUGAGCCUAAUGAUCUGAUUCAACAACUUUUGUAAGUGUGGCGGUCUCCUUUUCUUUCCUUGCAGCAAGAGCGUAGGACUGAAAAGGGCAUGUUGGUUAAUAGGCAAGUAAAACUAAUUGUGAUGAUAGAUUGCUCUGUGAGUCUUGGCACGUAGCUGAGAGGGAGACAGAAGAAUUGAGUAACAUUGCUGUAACAAAACUCUCUCAGUUCUCAAUAAUUUAUUUAUACACAUAUGUUUUCCUGGCAUGUGUAUUUAUAAAAAUGAAAAAUGGAGCAGAAUUGAUGUUUGGCCAUAACUGACUCUAGUAAUAAACAGUCUUCUUCCACAGAUGACAUGAACUGGCUGGAAAACCCCAGGCUUUCUUAACAUUCUUCUAGAAACAGAGAGCCGCAUUUCCAACAAAAUGUUACCCCUGUGCAGUAAUUCUUUUUCAAGAUUCCUACAUUUUCUAUUUGCAUCUGUUGCAGUCUAGUAACUGUAAUUAUAACCCCAUCAGAAAGGAUGAAAAUAUUUCGAGACGUUGUCACAGGGAAAAAUUUGUAAUUAAAUGUCAACUUAUAUAUAUAGUUUUUACACACAGAAGUAUCUGUGUACCUCACGGCUGAUGCAAUACGCACUGACACAAAACACAAUAAAAUAUGUUCUGCUUAUAAUACGAGGGUGUAGGUAUGUGGGAAUGAAAACAAGAACUCAAAGAGAAAAAAAGAUCGACUUCAGAUUGAGACCACUGAGGAACUGGUUUUUACUGGGUGAUGGUAGGUGUCCGGUGGCUUCAGUAUUUAGACUGUUGGAGACAGUGGGGACAUCUUUGCCAGUUAUUGAAACUGACCAAAAAACAAAAACAAAACAAAACAAAAAAACCCUUACGUAUCAAUAUAAAAAUAUGCAUGUGAAACAUUUAAAAAAUGUAAGGAGUGUUUGGGCAAAAAUGUUUAACGAUCACAGAUCUAGACAGAAGACCAGAUGUCUUGAGGAUAAGCAUGGUCACGUGACUCCCAUGCAUUUCCUUUGUUUUCCCAGUUUGACCUCGUGUGUGUCAAUGCUUGGAUGCUGGACCUCACACAAGCCGUCCUAAACCUGGGCUUCCUGGCCGGAGCCUUCACCUUGGGUUAUGCGGCGGACAGGUACGGCAGGAUAGUCAUUUACCUAAUAUCCUGCUUCGGUGUUGGCGUCACCGGUGUUGUGGUGGCGUUCGCACCAAAUUUCCCCGUGUUUGUGACCUUCCGCUUCCUACAAGGUGUGUUUGGAAAGGGCACGUGGAUGACCUGCUACGUGAUCGUAACAGAAAUAGUAGGUUCAAAGCAAAGGAGAAUUGUGGGGAUAGUAGUCCAAAUGUUCUUCACCCUUGGAAUCAUAAUUCUCCCUGGAAUUGCCUACUUUAUCCCCAGUUGGCAAGGGAUCCAGCUAGCCAUAACGCUGCCCAGCUUUCUCUUCCUCCUUUAUUACUGGGUGGUUCCUGAAUCUCCUCGCUGGCUGAUUACUCGGAAGAAAGGAGAUAAAGCAUUAAAAAUUCUGAGGAACAUUGCCAAAUGCAAUGGGAAGUAUCUCUCACCAAAUUACUCAGAGGUAAUUUCAUUUAUUACUGGUAACAAAUAUUAUUCAAGUGAGUGAAUUAAUUUGUCUCAUUAUCAAACAUCUGACUAAAUCAUUUUUAGUUUGGCUUUAAAAAAGGAAAAAAAAAACCGCCUUGGGGAGAAUCACAAGGUGCAUUAGAGAAGACACACUUGGAAGCUGUGACAGCAUUAAGGUUGAGCCCAACUGGCCACUUAGUCCGUAUUUUCAUAGUUGCACCUUGUCACUUACAUUAUUAAACUUUACCUACUGUAGGCCCCGUACUAUGAAAUCAUUCAUUCAUCUUAAUUGCACAAACUAGAGAUCUUUUCUUGACAUUCAGUGUAGUCUAAAGAUUUGUCUUUAAAUUUAGUCUUGGAAAUACUGUUUCUUCGAAUCAGAACUUGAGCAAGAAUGUAGUUUUCAACCUUUAGACUUACACAUGCUGGCUGGCCUACUCCUCCCUCCUUACCUCGUUCCCUUCCUCCCUUAUUUUUCUUCUUCCUUUGUCUAGCAAAGCCUUUUGGGGUGCUUCUGUAUCAUUACACUAAAAGAAAUGGUGGGGACUAAAGCUUAUUCUUUGCUCUUUGGAAGCUUUGAUAUGCCUCAGAUAUAUUUGAAGCCACACCUGAAUAAUUAGAGAAUAAUAUCUAAAAAGAUAUGGCAAUGUGGGGCGCCCGGGUGGCUCAGUCAGUUGAGCGUCUGACAUCAGCUCGGGUCAUGAUCUCGUGGUUUGUGGGUUUGAGCCCCGUGUCGGGCUCUGUGCUGACAGCUCGGAGCCUGGAGCCUGCUUUGGAUUCUGUGUCUCCUUCUCUCUGCCCCUCCCCUUCUCAUGCUCUGUCUCUCUCUCAGAAAUAAAUAAGAUUUUGAAAAAAAAAAAAAAAAAAGACAUGGCAAUGCUUUACUACAGAGACGAAGUGAAUAUAGAAUAACAGAAGAUUUCUUAUAAAGGGAUGUGAGGGAAGAAUUUUUGGAAGUUACGAAUCUUGAAUAUUAGGUUGCUAACAUUUUUUUUUUUUUUU